UUGAGGGAGGGGCAGCAUAUACAGAUGGAGAGGCAGACUGGUGGGAAACAAAGAACAUCUGGAUUUGAAUGUCGGUUCAUUUCUCUGUCUCACAAUUGUAGUGGGGAUUGGGAUGAGUCACCUGUUACACUUCAGGUUCCUCCUCUGUAAAAUGGGGACAUUAAAAGCUGGACGCCAUUCUUAAGAGGAAAGCACUUUGUAAACUUUAAGCACUAGAGAGUUGACUUAUUCCUGCUCUUUCUGGCCUCUCACACACUUUGCUCUCCUUUCUGCCCGUUCCCCCCUCCCCCGGCUUGUCAAACAGUUCCCUCUUCUGUCAGCUCCUUCCCUCCCUCCCUGUCCCUGUCCAGAGCCCUAAUAAAGCUAUUUUGAAAGUGACCCAGUCGGUCUGGCUGCCCGAGCGCCCAGAGGGGGAGAGCUCGAGGAGGGAGAGGCCGGAGCUAAGGGCGCAGCUGUUUGGAACCAUGACUGAAGAUGACGGAUUCGGUGGUGGUGGAGGGUCAGGUCAAAUUGAGAGAUGGAAAAAAGUGGAAAACUAGGUGGCUGGUGUUGCGCAAGCCCUCCCCUGUGGCAGAUUGCCUGUUGAUGUUGGUGUACAAGGACAAAUCGGAAAGAGCCAAGGGUUACAAGGAGAGGAGCAGUGUGACUCUAGAGGACAUUUGUGGGCUUGAUCCUGGUCUCCCCUACGAGGGUUUGACUCAUACUCUAGCCAUCAUUUGCCUGUCUCAGGCUGUGAUGCUGGGUUUUGAAAGCAAGGACACAAUGUAUGCCUGGGAUAUCCGGAUCCGCUACUCCUUGGGGGAAGUUCACAGAUUUCAUGUGGCCGUGGCACCAGGUACCAAGCUGGAAAGUGGAUUGGCUACUCUUCACCUCUGCAAUGAUAUUCUGGUGCUGGCUAAAGACAUUCCUCCUGCUGUCAUGGGUCAAUGGAAGCUCUCUGACCUGCGGCGUUAUGGGGCUGUGCCAAAUGGCUUCAUCUUUGAAGGCGGGACCAGGUGUGGGUACUGGGCUGGUGUAUUUUUCCUUUCUUGUGCAGAAGGGGAGCAGAUCAGCUUUCUUUUCGACUGUAUCGUCCGGGGCAUCUCCCCCACGAAAGGCCCCUUUGGCCUGCGUCCCGUUCUCCCAGAUCCAAAUCCAAACCCAUCAUCCAUGGAAGAGAGAGUGGCUCAUGAAGCUCUACAGUUAGAGAAGAGACUCAGUCUUCUUUCACAUUCAAGUCGUCCAGGAAGUGGAGGAGAUGACAGGAGUCUGUCCAGCUCCUCCUCAGACGCGAGUCAUUCGGACGCCAGCGCCGGGAGCCGCCUCACCCUCUGGCCCGAGCAGUCCUCCGCCGGCACCUCCCAGGAGAGCCACGGGCUGCCGGUCGCUAAGGCUCUCCAUCUCGGGGAAGACAGGGCACACGGGGAGGCGACGUACGGCACCGCCAAGCCACCGCCCAAGCCUCUGCAGCCCCGGCAGCUCCAAGACAUCGGGCGCCAGAGCUCUUCCGACAGCGGAAUCGCCACCGGGAGUCACUCCUCCUAUUCCGGCAGCUUCUCUUCCUAUGCCGGGAGCCUGGACAUCUGCCGCGGCGACGAGUUUGGUUCCCUGCUCAGCUUGCCGUUGAACUUUGCUUCGGAACAGAGUUUGUGCACCUGCCAGCCCAGUGAGCCCCACAGGGGGCCGGAGUAUCAGGUUCCCAGCUCUUUCCGACAUCUCUACGACACACCCAGGAGUGUAUUACAAGCGGCUACUAAGGACGCUCAGCACAGCGGUGCUGCCGAUUCCCCAGGACCCAAGGACCAGGCGCCAGGCCCUCAACAGGCCAGUGACCCCAAAGCAGCAGCAGCAGCAGCAGCCCCCCUCUCGGAGGCAGGAGCUGCCUCGGAGCCUGACCAAGACUCGGGGGGGCCCAGCACCUCCCUCGCCGAAGGCACCAAAGACUUGGGUGAUGAAACUUAUGCAGAUUUUCUUUCCAGGUGGUCAGGAAUCAAAGCUCCAGGACAGGUGUUAGAAUCCCAAAGUAGUGAGUCGCUUUCACCUAGUGGAGUGUCUGCUGAACCUUGUGAAAUGUGUAGCCCCCGCCCCGGGGCUCCAAGAGCUUUCUUUACAUCAUGUCCAGUCUGUGGUGGACUCAAGGGAGCAGCUCUUUUCCCCCUGAGACUCUUCCCAGCACCCUCAGGAGAAAGAACACGCAGUGAGACUCCUACCUAUGUGAAUAUUCCCGUCAGUCCCACUUCAAAGAAGCAGCUUCACUACAUGGAACUGGAGCUUCAGGAACCUAGUCCAGGAAUAAGAGGGGCUGGAGCCACCCGGUAUGCCCAGAUUGACAUCACUGCCACCGAGACAGCGCACAAAGUCGGGGCUCAGCAUGCACAGACUCGGGAAGAGCGUCUGCAGGAAUUGGAGCAGAAGCAAAAAGGGGCCCACCAGUGACCAUGCAAUGGAGAACCGAUGGAGGGCUGCCUUGCUGGGGCUGCUGGGCACUUCUGGGGGGCUCUGUGUUUGGGAUACACCUUCAGGUCCAGCUGUAGCACCUUGCACAGAGCAGAUGUCCCCUAGAAACCUCGUUCUGCCCUGGACAAGCAGGUGGUGGUGGUGCACCAUGGACUGGGUUUUAUUCUCCAGUUUGCAUUUUGCUGCUCGGGGCAACAUUUGCCACCUAAUGGGGACCCCCUAGUUCGUUUCUUUUAUCUGGAUCUCUGGGUCCCCUUGAAAGGAGGCGGCAAAGCUGAAAGAACACUCCCUCCAUCUGGUGUCAGAGCACCGCGUUUGAAUCUUGAUUCGGCUGUGCAACCCUGGGCAAGUCAAUCCCAUGAGGGCGUUGCGCCAGGUAAUCUGUGAAGCCCCGUUAGAUUCCUCUGAUGGUUCGGGAAGGGAAGCCAGACCCCGAAGCUGAACGAUCUUGUCCAGUGACCACGCUCAGGGAGACAGCGCUUAGCCCAUAGCGGUAGAUGAUGGAAAAUGAGGGAGACACCGGCCAGGGGCUUCCGCCCUUCGUUUCUUCUUGCUGUCUCUGUGCGGAAUCAUCCUGAAAGCAGGUCUGGAAUUCCAGCCUGCAGCUUCUGGGUUUUUUUAAUUCUUUUUUCCUUCAUUCCUCUUUGGUGGAAAAGUCCCUGGUGACUGCAGGGAAAACCCCUUCAAAAGCAAAUAAGUACCUGAGCUGUUUCCGUCUAGAAAUAAAAAUAAAAAAGGACAAAAAUCGCCAUGAGCAACUCACCGAUAAUCCUCUGAGAAUAAUCAUCGGAGGAUGAAGACGCAGACUGUUGAGAAGAGAAAAAUUGCAGUUUUGCACAUUUUUUCAGGGGAAGAAUGAGCGUUUGUGUUUGACUUUCGACUAAUCGUUUCUCCUCUGUGGGCCUCUGUUUCUCCUCACCUAUAAAAUGGGGAUGAUGAUGAUCACCGUUCUGCCCUUCCUAUUUUACAGGGCUGUUUUGAGGAUCAAAUCAGAUUAUGUAAGACACUUUAUAAUCCAAUGUAAGCUAUUUAUUAUUAUUGCUGUUCUUUUUAGAUUGAUAAUUCAUCUGUGUGGAUACUUCCUCCAUGCAGAACCUGACCUCUCUGUGCCUUAAAAACAUUUUUGCUUAAUGGCACCCUAUUCAGUGAUGGGCCUCCUCCAUACUUGCCUUAAUUCGUCCUCAAACAACAAAGAGUUAGUUCAUCCAUGGGCUCAAACACAAAUUUUUUCUAGAUGGACAACCCUUCCCAGAGCCCGUCCUUUCCUGUGUGGAGUCUUCCAGUGCCAAGGGGAUGCCCCCAUUCAUAAAUGGAGAAUUACAGUAGAAGAUCAUUAUUGAUGAUAUUGUGCUGGUGGCAGCAGCAGGAAAUUUCCUGAUAGACAAAUACAUACAACUGCCAUGGAAGACCUCACGGGUGUCGUACAACUUCCUUUAUUUCGAUGGCAUUGGCUCCUUAGGCAGAUAGACAAGAACCUUUUAUUUCAGAGUUUAGAAUGGUUUAUUUUACCCAAUUCCAACAAUGGCAUUCAAAAGUCUGAAUUUCAGGCUGGGUUUCUAGUUGAACAGCUUUAAAUAAUUUCUUCCUGCUCUUUAAUAAGGGCAUGAGAAUUAACAUCAUGGACUUUCCCAUGAGUAUAGAUAUUAAUAGACUGUAUCACAUCUUAGGAAUGAAUUAAAAAUACAAUUUUUAAAUAAAGAGAAUUUAAAAAAAUGCUACCCGCAUGAGAGUAGGCCCAAAUGGUUAAAUAGCCUGUUCUGUAAAUGUGUAUUGGAGAAAGCCUAUAAUUUAUUCACUUAUAAUUGCUUCUUGGGACCUAUUGUAGCUGUUCAUGCAAAUAGUUUAAAUGCUUGAUAUAUUUUAAAAUGCAUAUAAUUUUCUUGUUGGAAAGUGUUCUUUUUUGUAAUGUUUUAUUGUGUCUUUAUAUAUGAUUUUGGCUUUAUCUGUUCUCCACAUGACUCAGAGCUGACUUUUGGUGUUUACAUUAUUUUGAAUUAUAGGGGCAGAUCAGGUUCUGAGCUUCAAGUUCCUUGUGCCCUCACAACACACAGGUGGAAGAAUGAGCUUUCUGAUGGGAUAGACCAUGGUUACUAAUCCCAGGAUCAAGCUUCAAGGAAUUCAAAUUUUAAAUAUCUGAGUGUUAAUCCUGGUCCUCUGAUGACUUCUGUGUGAUGUUCAGGGAGCCAUUCAAUUUCUCUGUGCCUUAGUUUCAAUGCCUCCCUACCCGACAAGGACAAUAGGUAGAUUAAAGAAUGUAUAAAAUGCUAGAACUAUUGGAUCCUUGGACUCACCUUUUUAAUGGAUUGACAUUAUUUAUGCACAAGGUCUCCAAUGUAGUAGCUUUUAGGGUCCUCAGUGACUUAAUUUUCUUGAAUAAAGCAAAAUUCAAAUGUUUACUUGAAGUGACAAUUAACAAA